AAUUAUUGUUCUGGCACCGUUUAUAUUGUACUACUAGUUGGAAGGGGAAGGAAAACCAUGGUCCCUGCAAUUCAAACCCCAACCCAAUUCUUCUCUCUCUAAAAUGCAACCUGGGAAUCCAAUUUGAAUCCCGAACCCCUCUGGUAAUACUUCUAAUCUGUUGAAUUCUCUUUGUACCUCUUCAAAUCAAUACUUGUGGUUGUUGGGUUGGCCUUGUUCCGUUCCAAUAGUUUUGGCGAAAUAGCUGGUACGAAAUUUGGGUUUUGCUGUUUUAAUACAAGCUUUGAGUUUAUUUGCACAUAUCUUUUUAGAAGCAAGAACAAACAUUUAUGGGUUAUUGAGGGUUUUGUAGAUUGCAGAGGAUUUUAGUGCAUAGAGGACGAGUUGUUUGGAAAAUUGCAUUGGAAAGUAUUGAAAAGUGAAUUUUGGAGAUGGGUUUUAGGUUUGUAGUUUAGAGCUCAAUAAUUCUAGUAAAAUGGGUAUUUUGGAAUUGAAGGUCUUGUAGAUUUCUUCCUGUUUUUCAGAAGGCUGAGAGGCAUGAAGAGUGAAGCAUGGAGGUGGGUUUUAGGUUUGAUAUACAUAGUUGUUGUCGCAACAAUCUGGAUUGUCGCUAGCUUUGUGGUACAGUCAGUUGUGGACGAGGGGGUUUCGCCCUUUCUCAUAGCCUACAUUUGCAAUUCGUUGUUCGUGGUUUACAUUCCUCUAUUUGAAAUCGGUCGUUAUUUGGAGGAUAAAUAUGUGAGUAUAUUCUUUUGGCGAAACAGAAAAGGCAGUAGUUCGCAAGAUUUGGGGGGUUCAGAAGAGGUUCUGCUUCUUGAGCAGAGAGAUACAGGUACUCAAGCUGAGUUAAAUCCAGGUUCGAUUGUCGGACAACAAGAAAUAACCCACCAUGAAGGCCAUGUAAUUUUGGAAUCAGAAAAUGAUAUUGAUAAUCCUUCUGUAUGUGGUGAUGCUAAUGAAGGACUAGAUGCGAAAGGGCGUUGGACACGCAGCAGAGUGGCUAAGAUCAGCCUGUUGAUAUGCCCGUUUUGGUUCCUUGCACAAUUCACUUUUAAUCUCUCACUGAAGUAUACUUCAGUUACGUCAAAUACCAUUUUGAGCAGUGUUUCCAGCCUUUUCACCUUUCUGGUUUCUCUUGCAUUCUUGGGCGAGAAGUUCACUUGGGUCAAGCUGGUUAGUGUUAUCCUUUGCAUGGCUGGAACGGUAAUUGUCAGCUUGGGUGACUCUGAGACUGGGUUAAGUGCAACUGCUUCAAACCCUCUGCUUGGAGACAUUCUUGCUCUUGUGUCUGCAGCCUUGUAUGCGGUGUAUAUUACACUUAUCCGUAGAAAGCUACCAGAUGAUGAUGGGAAAAGUGGUAUUGUCAGUAUGGCACAGUUUCUUGGCUAUUUAGGGUUAUUCAACCUUUUGAUCUUCCUACCUGUUGCCCUCAUACUUAACUUUACCAAGCUGGAGCCUUUUAAAGUACUUACAUGGAAGCAAGUGGGUCUUCUUGUUGGUAAAGGCUUGUUGGAUAACGUGCUUAGCGAUUACCUGUGGGCCAAGGCCGUUCUACUGACAACCACCACAGUAGCAACAGCAGGACUUACCAUUCAGGUUCCCAUAGCAGCUGUGGUUGAUGCACUGACAGGCAAUGCUCCUAACCUCAUGGAUUAUAUUGGAGGUGCAGCUGUCAUUGUUGGCUUUGCAGGCAUUAACAUCCCUUCUGAUGCCUUUUCAAGAUCAAAAGAAGAGAGUCUUGAACCAGAAAAUGGACAAGUUAGUUCGACCGAUUAAGAUCGCCUUGCGUCACUUGGUGGGCUUAUACAAGUCUUUUUAGUGAACCACGUCAUAAGUUUUAUGACAUUUGGGCAAGGACAUACAUCUAUAAAUAAUGUUACGAAUUGCUAUGCAUUUGUUACCUUUGGCAUUCAA